GAAUACGAUUGUUUAGUUUUGAUAUCCAAUAUGGGACGCAAAUGUGAACAUUAUUGGUGCCCAAAUAAACAAGGAAUUACUGAGGGUAAAUCCUUUUAUAAUUUUCCCAAAGAUACAAAACUAUGCAGUCAAUGGGUGUCUAGUUGUGAGUCUCCAGCAUUGCAAGAGAUUUUCCUGUUGCAUGGAGCAAAUUCGCUUACGAGGAAAAAACUGUGUUCUGAUCAUUUCCCCCCGGAUGCUUUACGAGACCUAGGAAAAAGAGGGACAGGACUGCGCGCUGGUAGCGUUCCUCACAUCCGUUCCCCGGAAUGGAAUAACAUGAUACCAAUUGUUACAAAUGGUAACUACGCUGAUGAUCCUGAAGGCAUAGUGGAAUUCAUCGAAAGCGAUGGUGAUUUUCAGCAAUGGCACGAAGCUACACGGUGCAGAGAAUAUGGUAGCAACAUUGAGUAUCAACAGGAAGUAUUGGAUGAGCAUGCAGGAGAAGAUGACGUAGACUUGUGUGCCGCAGUAGGAUCUAGUCCGUCUGAAGAAUACCAAGGAGUAGAAUAUAUUGAUGACGAUCACGAUUCCAUCAAGUGGAAAAACUCUAUGAUGAAACCAUGUCAAAUCAUACCCUAUGAAUGCGCAUCUCGUGAUAACAGUUCCCCGGAAAGGAAUACCGCGAUGCAGCUUCAUGCUAACAUUAACUACGUUGAUGAUCCCCAUGGAGUGGUGGAAUUUAUUGAAAGCGAUAAAGACUUUUGGGAAUGGCAGAAAGCUGCCCGUAAAACCAAAAACAACAGCCAACUUGAUUGUCAACCUGAAACUUUUGCAGAACCUACAGAAGAAACCAACGGAGACUUGUGUAGUACUGAUCAAAGCCACAGAGAGGCAGAGCAUACUAAAUUCCUUAGUAAAAUGCAGCCGGAUGAUGUGAACGUACAUAUCAACAGUCCGGGGUCUCUUAUGACGAUACUUUCCACCUAUGAUCCGUCGCAGCAACAACUUUUUACCUGUGAUUUUUGUUCAAAUGAUGGCAAACACAAUGCGGUUGAAUCCGCCACGAAUAACAUUUGCUCUGUGCCUGAUUUCUAUACCCAAUUCAAAAUGGAACAAGCAAAGACGCAACGAUUGCAAAAUGAGGUGAACGAGCUCGAAACAAUCCUGUGA